UUAGACAAUGCGACUUUUUACAUAAUAAUUUACAAAUCUGCGUGAAAAUAUCAACAGCGGGCAUGGAGGAAUUUGGUAGAAUUUUUAUUAUAUAACGAUUGUACAAUGUCUCAACUAUAAUUUCGACAGACGCGAGCUACGUUCCUCCAAAUUUGAAUCGCCGUUAUAGUGCUUUUUAGUUUCCAGCGGAACAUAGAAGAUGGCAGGACGGUUCCUAAUCGAUACAAAUUGAUUGGUUGAUGCGUAUGAAGCUGUUUUACCUUUCCCUACACUCGUGGCGCUGCGUGAUAUUCUCAAUGUUAUCAUUCAUCAUAUCGAUAUAAUAUGGCGUUUACACUUUGGACACUUUUUGAAGCGACUAUGUUGUGUUUGAAUGCGAUCUGCGUUUUGAACGAAGAAAGAUUUCUUGCAAAAGUUGGUUGGGCGUCGUGGCAAAAUGUUCAAGGCUUCGGAGAACCUCCUACAGCAAAGUCACAAAUUUUAAACCUUAUUAGGUCCAUACGAACGGUGGCACGAAUUCCAUUGAUAUUCCUAAAUAUCGUAACAAUAAUUGUGAAACUGGUGCUUGGGUGAAAGAAACGAUUGAUGGUGUAAAUAAAAGGACAAUGAGCUGUGAAAAGUGAUGUACAUAAACGCAAAAUUACAUUCUUUUAUUUUUACCUUUGUAUCGAAGAGUAAAGUAUUUUUUAUUAUAUCA